AUGCAUUCGUCCAGCCAGCCAGCAGCCACAAAGCCCAAACCUAGUCGGACGCGCUCCAGAGCCGGCUGUCGGACCUGUCGGGCCCGCCGCAUCAAAUGCGACGAGACCCCCGUAGCAUGCCGUAACUGUUCAUCUACGGGUCGACAAUGCGACGGCUAUGACGUCCACCGACUGCCCCCUAAACUCAAACCGACCGGAAAGAAUAAGACCCUGACAGCUCCACAAAAGCUGCUGGGGCUGGCCGGCGGGCCCAGCCAGGCGCUGGACCGGCUGGACUGGACGAUGACCUCGGACGAGCGGCGGUGUGUGGCCUACUUCCAGCACCACACGGUGCCCACCCUGCUGGAGUUCUUCGACUCCACCCUGUGGCAGAAGCUCGUGCUGCAGCUGAGCCGCUCCGAGCCGCCCGUCUACCACGCCAUCGUUGCGCUGAGCGCCAUCCACGAGAAUUCGGAGGCCAACGGGAUGCCGCUGGCCACGCCGACCGAUUUACUCGCCGAGAAUCCCUGGCACCAGUUCGCGCAGGACCAGCUGGCGCGGGCCAUUACCCUGCUCAACCGACGCAGCGCCUCGCAGGACCCGCGCUUCCGCGAGGUCAUCCUGGUGUGCUGUCUGCUGUUCGUGCUGGCGGACCUGCUGCGCGGGCAGUACGACAGCGGCUUCGCACAUCUACGGAGCGGCCUACUGAUUCUCCAGGAGCUGCAGCAGCACGGCGAGUUCGGGAAUCGCGCCUCGUCCCGGGGAUUAGUCGAGCAGUGCAUCUUCACCGCGUUCGCGCACCUGGACAUCCUGGCUUCGCACUACGACCGCAUCUUCCCGAUGCUGCAGCCCCUUCACCCGCUCACCCAGCCUUCCAGCCAUGAUCGCACCACCACCACCACCACCACCACCACCAACCCGAAAUCUCCAACGCAACCCUUCCAAUCCCUCCACGAAGCCCGCGCCGCCUUCGACACCCUCCUCCGCACCUCCUACCGCUUCAGCGCCCCGAGCAUGGGGCUCACCGCACCCCAAAUCUCCGCUAACUACGCUGCCCUCCAAACCCAGCAACACGCCGUCUGGAGCGAAGCGAACCUCUUCGCGCAGCGGUUUCGCCCGUUUUACCGUCACGCCUACCCCCACCUCACCGCUAAAGAACAGCGCGGCGCCGACAUCAUCAACCUCCACCUCGUCAGCCUGCGCGUCUGCCUGCACUCGUGCCUGCUGGGCAGCAACCGCGCCGCGCUGGCGCACUACCGCGCCGAUCUUGAGAAAACGUGCGAGCUGGUGGAGGCCCUGAUGGCCACGUUCCCGGACCAUCGGCCGAGUUUUACCGUGGAUACGGGUGUCCUCCCCCCGCUGUAUCUGGCGGCCAUUCUGUGUGAUGAUUACCGUGUGCGGUGGCGCGCGAUCGGGUUGAUGCGGAGCUGGCCGCAUCGCGAGGGCCCGUUUGAUUCGAAUUGGUUGGCGUCGUUGGCGGAGGAAGCGUUGUUGUUGGAUUUGAGGGGGAGGUGUGUGGCGGAAGUGGGCUUUCUGGCGGUGGUUUUGGUUCCGGGGCGGAAGGGUGGGGUUGGGGGUGGUGGUGGUGGGGAUGCAGAGGAAGAUCUGACGGCAGAUGAUCUCCUCCGUAAACUGCAAGGGAUUCGUCGCAGGAAGCUGGAGAUGUUGUUGCGGACGAAACGGCUGCAGAAGCCUACGCCUGAUGAGGAUGUGGAGGUGGACGCGGUGGGGUGGGAUCCGUUGGACGCGGUCGGCCCGGUUAAGGGGAUGGGGAGUUGGUCGUGUGUGAGGGCAUUUAAUGCGGCGACGCGGGGGAGUCCGGGAGUUUAUUGA